ACAGAUGGCGAUAGGGAGUCCGCGGUUCUAAGUUCGUAGUGAAAAAUGGCCGGCGCCAACGAUUGUUUCAGCAUCGGGAGUACGGUGGCCUGUAAAACCUGUUACAAGGAGGAGAUCGAAGGCGAGGUGUUAGCAUUCGAUCCACAAACUAAAAUGCUAAUCCUAAAAUGUCCGUCAUCCAGCGGAUCACUAACAUUAAACGAUGUACACAUAGUAAAUUUAUCCUUGGUAUCAGAGGUCCAAGUAAAGCGAGAAGUUAGCCCUACCACUAGCGAGCCACCACAAAGCCUUAAUUUACAAAAGUUGAACAGAAGAGUACGUAAUCAAAUUGAAGAGAAGAAAAAACUGGUAAUGGCUCUGCAGGCCGGAGUAUCUCCAGAGGGACAAAAACUCUUCAGUACUAUAUCAAAAACUAUCCCAGAAAUUACGUGGAAUGGAGCAAAUAUUGUUGUAUUUAACAAUGUCACAAUCAGACCACCAUAUAAAGUUGACAAUGUCCAUGGAAAUAUUGAAUCUGGAGCAUAUAAACAUGUAAAGAAAGUGGUUGAAAAACACAUUAAAGAUACGGAAGCGUCGCAACAGGCACAACAGUGGGAACAGCAACAGCAACAGAAGCAAAAAGGAGAUGCGAUGCAAUAAAAUUUCAAAAAGGCCCUAUAUCAGAAAUAAAGCUACCAUGCUUUCACAGAAGUUCCAGUCUUUGAGGAAAAGUAGGAAAUGACGAUAACAAGAUUCUAAGAAAUUAAGGGAAAAAGUCACUGCAAAACUACUACAUAAGCCUAUCAAGAGAACCAGCAUCACAGAUUAAGUUCAAAUUUAUUUGAAUGAAAACGCAUUUCACAAGAAUCAAGUGUAAAUUGAUUAUCGAAAUUUUAAAUGAGUAUCAAAUGUUUUGAUAAUAUCGUAUGAGCAGCAUUUUCAAAAUCAAUAAAACACACCGUACUAAACUUUUUAGUAAAGAGCAUGAUCUUUGACGAAGAAUGCUGUUUAUUGUAUCUAACAAGCUGCCAUACAACUUUAGAUUCUGCUGGAAUUACAUGUGCUCUGAUGCAGGUGUGUUUUAGUUUAGUUUAACAUUGUUAUAAAAUACGUUUAAUAGUUGUUUACAGAUUAUUGAUGUACAUGAUGGUAACAUAAUUCGGUUGCCAUGUGAAUAUCAACUUUUUUAAAAAUACAAAUCGAUCGACGUGGUAUAAUUUAAGUCCGUAUGAAACGGUUCAAUAUAUUUUUAAUUACUACACCACAAGUGGAAAAGUAACAAACGAUCAACGAAAAUUUUCAUACGCGAAACAUCCGACUUCAAUACUGAUUCAAAUUUUACGUUCACUUGCUGAUUGUAAUGUCAUUUCUUUUUAAUCGCUCAUUAUAGUACUGUCGAUCUCUUGGAAUUUGUAAACAAACAAACGAAGAGAAAAAAAAACAUCAUCGUCGCAAUUCGUUGCAAUUCAUCGCGCCUGCGUCGGCACGAGACGUAUUCGAUCGCGACGUGACAUUGUAAGCUGAAAAUGGAUAUCCCCUUGCAUAAAGCAAGCCAUAAAAUUGUUAUUUAAAUGAAGACAUCAAACUUGGUUUGUGCAAGGGCAACCUAUACCUGUAACGAUAUAUUUGCAGGUAAUUUCGUUUGCAAUGAUAAAAUAUAGAACUCGUCUCGUGCCCUUUAUCUUUUGAACGCGGAAAGACAGAAGAAAAGAAAGAUGAUAAAAAUUAAUUACAUAAAAAGACACAAAUAAAUGUAAUAUAAAUUCUA